AGCCAGCUGGAGACCUGGGAUGCAGGGGGUGGGUUUCGAGACGAGCCCACAGGACUGGGAAGCCUUCCUUUGUGCGAAUAAACUGAAAGGAUUUUCUUCUGGUUUGGAGCGGCUGUAUCGCGAUGACCUCUGGAUGAGAUUGUAAACUAGGUUGGGGCGGGUGGUGAGAGAGGAAGGCUCUUGACUCAUCAGAUAAAGCCAGCCUAGCUGGAAGGUUCAAAAAGACCUAGAAGAGGAGGAGGAGGAGAAGGAGGAGGAAGAGGAGGAGGAGCAGGAGCAGGAGCAGCAGCACCAACACCAACAGCAGAAGCUGCAGCAGCAGCAGCAGCAGCAGAACAAUAACACCAAUUAACACCAAGUGGUGGCUGAGAGAAUAGGAGGAAUCCAGACUGGGAGAGAGGCAGUCGAGCAACCAGGCAAGCAAGCAACCCAGCAGUCAGGCGGGCAGGAAGGAAGGGACUGGCUGCAGCCAUGGCCGGAGACAGUGAUCAGACCCUUCAGAACCACCAGCAAACCAACGGAGGGGAGCCUUUCUUGAUCGGCGUCAGCGGGGGCACAGCCAGCGGCAAAUCUUCAGUGUGUUCCAAAAUUGUGCAGCUGCUGGGCCAGAAUGAGGUGGAUUAUCACCAGAAGCAGGUGGUGAUCCUGAGUCAGGACAGCUUCUACCGGGUGCUGACCGUGGAGCAGAAGGCCAAGGCCCUCAAGGGCCAGUUCAACUUUGACCACCCAGAUGCCUUCGACAAUGAGCUCAUCUUCAAAACCCUCAAAGAAAUUACAGAAGGAAAGACAGUUCAGAUUCCUGUGUACGACUUCGUCUCCCAUUCUCGGAAAGAGGAGACGGUGACUGUGUAUCCCGCCGAUGUGGUGCUUUUUGAAGGGAUCCUUGCUUUCUAUUCCCAGGAGGUGCGAGACCUCUUCCAGAUGAAGCUCUUUGUGGACACGGACGCAGACACUCGACUCUCCCGUAGAGUGUUAAGGGACAUCAGUGAAAGAGGGAGAGACCUGGAACAGAUCUUAUCUCAGUACAUUACGUUUGUCAAACCUGCCUUUGAAGAAUUCUGCUUGCCAACAAAGAAAUAUGCUGAUGUGAUUAUUCCCAGAGGUGUGGAUAACAUUGUGGCCAUCAACCUCAUUGUGCAGCACAUCCAAGACAUCCUGAAUGGAGGCCUCACCAAACGCCAGACGAACAGCUGCCUCAACGGGUAUGCCCCCUCCCGCAAGCGGCAGGCAUCGGAGUCCAGCAGCCGGCCGCACUGACCUCCGGCCCCCGCCCCAAACCCGGGCGAGGAGGCCCACUGUUCUGUGUAUAUAGUGUUUCCAGUGACAUGACUGUGCCAGAAGACACCCGGAGAAGAGGAAAUGCCUCUGAUCUUUGUACUUUGGAACGGGCAGGAUGAAAUGAAGAUGAGUUUAAGCGAUAAACUGUGCCAGGAGCUCCCGGUGAUGCCGAAUUACGAGUCCAUCAUGUAACCAGUUAUAAAUAUAUACAUAUAUAUAUAAAAAUCUAUUUUUGUGUAAAUGUAGAAUAAUGUAAAGCUGUUUGCCGUGAGUAUUUUCCAAGGGGAUAUCUGAGAGUUUGUGCUUGUAUUUUCUGGGGUAGGUGCUUUAGCCCCGGCAGAGGACGUUUGCUUCUUACAUUUCCAGGUAGGAUAAGCCAGUAGUUCAAGCAUCUGUCUGGGAGGAGUAAUGCAGGGGGAAGGACAGCUGAUAAAUUGUCCUGAGUGCUGGUGAAAAUCUAGACAGGAUUAGCUUCUGACAUUCCUCCCCAGCCCUCUCAGUGCUGCUCUCUCCUGACGCAUGCCACCGUCUGGGGCUGGUCCUUAAGGGUAUGAAAGGUGAAAGGAUCUCUGUCUUGGUUUUAGUCGGGAAUGAGGGAAGACCCCAAAAUCAUACUCAGGGAAGGAAGUGACCUGCAGAAGAGAGUGAGUCUUGAAUGUUCUCUUUCCUCACAUCUAGUUAGUCUGUAUAUACCUUUCUUUUUUCCUUCUUAAUCUUCUCAGAGAGGCCAAGGGUGCCUCUGGUUCCUACCAGAGUAAAUAGGAAUUGUGUGAGCUUGCUGUCACCACAGAAACAGAGCAAGAAUGGAACAGGAGAGGUUGCCAGUAGUGUGGAGACCUUUCUAGAUACUGGCCUCUGAUGGUACCUGGACAGAAUCUGCUCUCGGGAUUUCCUCUGCCCUGUUGUUAUACAGCAACGGAAGGGUGCGGGCUUCUGCAUAUUUACUUUCUGAUAAGUGGCUCUGGCUCUCCGAUCCUGCCGCGUGGCCACUCAUCUCAGCAAUAGGAGCCAGUGCAAGACACUUAAGCUGUCCCCCCCCCCCCCGACCGAGGGGUAGCUUUGUUCCCCCCCCAAAAAAAAAUAAAGAAGGGGUACAUGCGCAUUUAGUGGGAUGAACUUGAUUCCCCUCCCCUCAGUGCUUUUCAUUUGCAGUGUGACCACCGGGAUAAAGUUGCUGUUACCACAGAGAAGGGAACGGCUCCAUCCUGUGCCUUAGAGGUGCUAAAAGGAAGGGACUGUGUAUUUUCAUCUUUAAUAACUGGAACUUCCUCUCAGUUACAGGAGGUAAACCCCAGCCAGGCCCCUAGUGAUGCCUUCCUUCCUGGGAUAGAUUCCUAGCCGAAUUCUGGAGGGAAAAAAAGCAGAACUGCUGGAUUCAUGAGAUGUGAUUUUAAAGUAAUAUGACUACUUUCAUUUUAUGUUGUUUUGUAUACACUUGCCAGAUUGUCUUUAUCUGAAAUUUAUGAUCUUUCUAAAGUAGAUCACUCGGGAGUGGGGGAGGGGGGUGGGACAAGGACAGAGGACAGACUCUUCAAGCAUUGGGGGCACUCUUGCAAGUGGCCUUUGAGGUCUCAUUUGAGUCACAAAACAAAACCAGUCUCAUCACUUGGCCACAACUUGUCUUUCAACCCCAGAUGGCAUCACCUGGGUCACACUGACCCGUCUUAUUCACAGACUUGGCUCCAAGGCAUUUGGAUGCUUUUCGACUGAACCUAUCCCCAAGGACAAAGCUUUGCCAACCCUCCAAAAAGGUGCCAUGUUUUAAAAAAUACCAAACAUUUUUCUCCAGAGAGAAGGGCUCUCUGAAGGCAGUUCGAGAGAGAGGAGUUCCAGAAUGUUUUAAGCCAUGGAAGUGUCGUUGAUAGAUUGCGUCACCCUCCUGAGGUGUCCCCUUUGAAAGAGAACGACGUGCUUUUGUGUGUGGAAAUUCUGGAAUCUUUUUCUUAGUAUUCAGUCACAUUCCUUUCUAGUCACACCUCAGAGAGCUCUGAGGCACGGGGAGGGGGGAGGAUAAGACAGGGCCAGAAGCCUCAGGAUGGGGGAGACCAUCGCCCCAGGUGGGGGCCCUCUCUGCCCAUGGAAGUGUCUGUCUCAGACGGUCUUUGCCUUGCAGCGGGUACCAUGCUCAAAUUUACUUGAAGCUCCCAGGUGCCAAACCAUUUAGUGCCUUGGCUGCCUAUCCCACUGCCUUGUAAGACAGAUUCUUCUGUUGUCACUGACCCUUCUACUUAGUUGCUUCUUCAUCUACGUGUGAUAUUGAGACAAAGGCCAUCCCCUCAGCAGGUUCUCCUACCAGUCUUCCAGUCCCUCUCUCUGCUGCUGCUCUGCCCUUCAUUGGUUUGAUAGCAGCCUCUCUGGCCUUUCCCUGUCACAGUCAUUGACAGACAAGGGAGGCUGGCCAGUAUUUCCCAGGGUGGAGCAGGAGCCAAAAAGGUCCUCCCCAAAACUAUGAGGUUACCAUAUUGGAGGAAAGGAAGAAAUUCAGGGGUAUGAUCCAGGUCCUUGAGUGCCCUGUGCAGGGCACCAUCGUCUACAGACUUGGCAGAUUCCUUCAUUGAGCUUCUCUUUUUUUCAUAUACCCCUGUGCCGAUGUUAGGAUGCAGACAAAGAUGAGCCCAAUGGAGGGUUCCUUCAGAUUCAUCACCAGAAGGUGCUAAGUUUCCACCUUGAAACUCAGGACCUGCAGCCUGGUAGCCAGGAUGAUAUAAUGUGAUGACAGGCUGGCUUCAUGCUAAUCUCUGAACCAGAGAACUCCUGCCUCCUCCAUUCUUCAUAUCCCACUUAACCCAAGGAAGGAUGAAUUGUGGGAUAAGGGUACUAGAAGAACUAAUGGAUGGUAUUGGGAAUGUAGUUGGUCCAGCUCAGAUUGUGGACCAGGAGAGGUAAAAGUGGCAGUUGUGCCCCCGAGGCACUCCCAAGAGUUCCAAUGUAGCCACAUGUCUGUAGUGGGGGUGGUUAAUCAUGGGGAGCAUCAUUUUCAAAGCCCGUUGUUGGGUUCUAGGCUAGACAGUUGUCUGCAGAAUUUGGAACUUGUUUACUGGAUCAGAUGUGGUACAAGAGCCUCUUAAGGAGGUGAAUGGAUUAAUCUCCUAGGAUUCAUGGCCCUGGAUUUGGACGGGAAAUUGAGACCCCUUAAGUUCAUUCAGUGCUGUGUGUAAAUAAGUGACCUUUUGUUGUGGUCUCUUGGAACUCUCUUGGCCUGACAGCAAAGACCUCAAUUAAUGCGAGCUUAGGAGCACGUGUUCUGUAUACUACAGCCCCCCACCUUACCUUCUCACAUCAAAUCUUCCAAUCCCCAAAAUGGAUUAGAUCUAUUUUAGCCCGUGAAGACAAAGCUGAGUCCAUGAAGAUUGGAUUGCCACUCUUACUUGACCCUUCUAAAAUUUUUCUUUGGGUCCAGUGGGCAAACAUGCUUUCUUAGCUGGAGUGGUGGUAGUGAGCAGGUUCCAGGCAGGAAAAAAAUCUGUGGAAGUGAAUUGAGAGUGUGAAGCUCCCUUUAACCAUCGGUGAGGGUCACUUUCCUCUGUAUCAGGCAAAUGGUUAAAGAUCUGCCCUUGCUAAUUCAAGAUCUCUGACUUUAGGUGUAUGAUAGGAAGAGGCAGUAGCUGCCAGAAUUGCCUCUGGAUUAAAGUUGGGUUGUUGGUGAGGGGUUAGAUUUUUUUUUUGGUUUGUUUUAAGUUUAUGCAUUUGCCUUUUCUGUUUUGUUAUUAGUGAUGAAAUAUUCUUGCCUAUUCAUAUUCUGUCCUUCCCUGUAAAUAAAGAUGAAACCAAAAGGAUGCGACCCUUUCCUUUGCCUUUAUAUUCUGAGAAGCAGUGGUUGAACCUGGUGUGAGUGUGACGGUGACCUUAGCAGGCCUCUCUAUGGGCAGUGCUAUAAGGUUUAAAGGAACUUUGGAAUAUAAGCUCCUGUAGAGAAGGAAGACAUGCCCUCUCCCUUAAGAACACCACAGGUUCUUGAAGAGCUCUCACAGACAUCUCCGGGCAAGGUGUGUCCCCUUGACCAAAGAGCAGUCUCAGGCCUGAAGAGGUGAAGGGGCCUUUUCAGAUCCAUGUGGCUGCUAAAUGGGAAGAAGCCAGUUCUUCCUGCUCUUGGCCUAGUGUGUUCUUUUCCACGUCAAAUUCAACCUAACUUCUGUGAAUUGAUCACUUGGCAGAUCAUCCUCAGACCUGAACCUCUAAUUUCUAGUGUUCCUACUCUCUGGUCUUACGGGCAAGAGGUGAGAAGACGACAUUGCUUUAUCCAGGUGCUAGUUUAAUCAAACGUCAGGAGUCAGGACAACUUAAAGAGAGAAACCAUGAAAUGCCAUGAAGCUUUGGAAAAUAUUUUGAUUAUUUCAGUAAAGUUUCUCUUGUAUUCCAGCAUUGAAAAACAUGCUUCUCAGUAGAGGGCCAUGGGCUUCACCAAGCUGCUGAGCGGGUCCAUGACCCAAAAAAGUCAAGAACUCCUGUGAAAAGGAAGAUACUCAAAUUGUGGUGCUGGUUCUCUACUAUGGUCACUCAGUAUAAACCCAGCUAUAAACUUCAAAGCAUUAAGAACCGCACUAGUUUUCUGAACUUUGGAUUCCACUCCAAUAUUCACAUAGUUGUGUGUAUGUAUGUAUAUAUGUAUGUAUGUAUAUAUAAUACAUAUAUCUGCAUGUAUAUUUGUAUAUACAUAUACACAAGUAUGAGUUAAAAACUUAAAACCCUAAGUGAAAGGAAUUAGUUUGAAAAGGAUGCAGAUAUUGGAGGCAUUGAAGUAGUAAAAAGAAAAUGCUAUCUUCUAAAAUCGCAAUCCUCUCAUCAUCUUGCUAAAGGUGAUCUUUGGUAAAUCACUUGACCACCUUGGGCCCCAGUUUUCCUAUCUGUAGUCCAUUAAGGGCCGUUACACCUCUAAAAUUGUAUUAAUUCAAAAACUAAGUGCCUACUAUAUGGAAUCCACUAUGCCAAGUGCUAGGGAUUCAGAGUUAAAAUAUCAUGCUUUUAGUAGGUGCUUGUGUUGGGCUAAGCACUGGACAUUAAGGAAACAAAAGUCUUUGCCUUCCAGAAGUUUAAGGUCUAAGGGGUGAGGUGCUAUAGGUAGGGACAACCCCCCCCCCCCAUGAA